AUGCCCAAGGUCCUGUUUGCCUGCGCAAUUGCUGCUGCUUACGCGUCACAACUCAGUUCGGGUGAAGUCAUUACGGCAACUGAGCGCAAUCUCCGAGUCAACGCCGACUCGAGUUUCAGCUCCAACGGCGAUGCUGCCGCUGGUUUGGAGGAGAAAACUUGGCACUUUAUCGUCGCGUACCCUUGCAAGUGGGGUCUGUGGUAA